UGGGCACUAGUCAUGAUAACGUAUUUAAUUAGUAUCACAAAAAAUAAUGAGAAAUCCAAAACAUGGAGUAGAGCACAUGGGUUAUCGCCAUCACCACUUUAGAUUUAUCCGUUUGAAAUUCUCGCAGCCAAUCCACAUUCACUCAUAAUUUGUGGCUUCGCACAACACAGCACAAUAUUCUCCUCUCUUCUUCACUUCAAUAUAUAGUUACCUGCCUUUCCCGCCAGAUUUGAAUUGUGAAUGGAGCGAUUUUAUUCUUCUCAACGAGAGAGCCUUCUUUUAGGGUACAAUAAUGACUAUAUUAAUUCUCUGAUUCCGAGGUCGUCGUCCAGCGAUUCGAUCUCGGAGGUUGAUUUCACCGACGUGUUUGGGGGGCCGCCGCGGCGGUCUUCGGUGAACGAAGCGCGGCAGACUGUGGGUGAAUUGAGUGAAGAGGAAGGGGAAAGAGGUUGGUGCAGGUGGCCGCCGGAGCGGGAAAAACCGGUGUUUGGGGAGGAUAGUGGAAACCGGAGGCGGCAUCCCACAAACAAGAACAGUGACUUCUUCGAUGAUAUAUUCGGAGGAGAGGCAUCAGGGAGCGUGUGUUCCACGCCAAAGAAGCGCGUUGGGGACGCUUUCGCGUUGUCUCGAGUGUCCAGCCCUCUGCCUCUGCCUCCUGCGGCUGAUCCCGUUGUUGGCUCUCUCCCUGCAACCUUCAGCCUUCCUGCCAAAUUGACAAAUGGAGUGGACCUUCCAACAUUUGGUUCCCCCACUAGGAGUAGGAACCUCAGCAACAUCAACGAUGGUAUUGUUGCUUCAAAUGGAUUAAAACCUUAUCGACAAAGUCUUCUAUCACAGGAGUUUUCAAACUCCAGCACAUCUGAUAAAGCAGACAAAGGAAGCAUUAUGAAACAAAACAUAUCUAUUAGUGAAGGUUCGCCUGGUGCUAGUAAUGGCCAGUUUCAUUUCUCAAUUUACAAAUGGGCAAGUAAAGGGGUGCCAAUGGUGAUGCCUCUUAGGACAGAGAGAAACUCAAGGAACAAAGAUAAGGCUAAACUUGAGAGAUGCUCAAGUGCUAAGGAAUGGAUAGUCAGUGAAAUUACCACUCAAAAUCCUAUAGAAUAUAAUGGUUCCCCUUUGAUGAAUAAUAGAAAACAAGAUGUGCCAACUACUUCCACACCCACUGAAAAUGGAUCAGAUUCAAAUCAGAUUGUAGAACAAAUAGUUUCUGCCAAAACUCAAUCAGAUACAUCAAGCAGUCCUCAAACUAUUACUAAAGAUGUUCCUACAAGUUCUAUCUCGCAUGACGCUAGAGAAGUAGAAUCAAGUACUCGUUCUACAGGUGAGAUAGGCUUCUCUGGAAAAACUGAGGCAGCAAAGGAAACUCAGAAGCGUGAGCCCAAACCAUUACAAUUUCUGUUCAAAGAAAGUGAUAAGAAACAAGAUAAUGAUGAGACGAUUACAAGGGAGAGAGAAGAAAACAGGAUGAAAAGCUCAAAAAAGUUGUCUGCUGUUUUCGAUGUUACCGUGAAUCCAAUUAAACAAGAAGAAAAGACAGUUCCCUUGAGGGAUGUGGGACGUAGCAAAGCCAUUUCCCAGGGUUCGGUAAGCUUAGGUGAGAAUAUGGGGAAAGGCCUAGUGAAAGGAAAGGUCAAGGAAUUCGCUCGAAUUUUCAACCAAGAAGCUGUAACAAAACCCAAAUUUGACUCCAACUCUCGAUCUCAGGGUUCUACAUACAAGAAGAGAGAGGCUUUAAGGGCAAAGAAUGAAGUGGAAGGUGGUCCAGAACAAUCCAAGAAGUAUAACUCUGCCACAGAGACCACAAACAUCUCUGCUAACAUUUUGUCUCAUGAAGAUGAUAUAUCAGAACCAGAAAUUCCUGAUAUAUCAUUUACUGUUAUUGGAGAUAAAGACGAGUCCUUCCAUGGGAGUUUCAUGAUACAAGUAUUAGCCCAAGAUGAAGAUGAGGUCUUACAAAACCAAGAAAAUCAAGAAAUCCAGACGAUUGACAACAAGAUAAAACAAUGGUCUAAAGGGAAGGAAGGAAACAUACGCUCCCUGCUAUCGACAUUACAAUAUUUCUGUAGCAGUUAUGCAUUCCAAGUAUAUGAUCAAAGUAGGGAUUAUGGGUGUAUUAGGCAGCUUGGACAAAGUGCAUUCUCUUUGAGAGUUUCUCAACUCUGGGAUAACAUUCCUGCUCUAGUUUCCGUACUUUGGCCGGAGUGUGGAUGGAAGUAUGUGCCUCUUGUUGAUAUAAUCGAAGGGAACGCAGUGAAAAGAUCUUAUCAAAGAGCUUUACUCUGUCUGCAUCCAGAUAAGUUGCAGCAAAAGGGUGCUUCUUCAGACCAAAAAUAUAUUGCAGAAAAAGUUUUUGAUAUUUUACAGGCAGACAUUUUUGGAAUUUUUUGAAGCAGGAACAAUGACAUUUGUGGUGAAUUUUGUGAAGCCAUUCUAACCGAGGACCAGCCCAAACAAUUUUAGCUGUUUUUUUCCUGGUUUAGCCAGAUUUUUUACUAGUUUUUGGUCCAAUUUUAAAAUCCUUGACAAGGGCCAUAAAAUAAUCAAUAAACAAUGCAUUUGUAUUUGAAUUUUGAUUUUAUAACUAAGUCAUUGCUUUGUUGGGUUACAAGUGUGAGGUGAAGUCCCACAUCCGGUAGAAGUGGAAAGGUUGAGCACCAUAUAAGUGAGGAAAAGAAACAUAAACAUGAGUUUUAAAGUUUUGGGUUAGAGUGUUGUGUCAAGUCUCUUAUGUGGUAGCUCCUGAUCCACAGGUGUACUCCUCGAACCUCCCCAACAAUUAGUAUCAGAGCCGGAGGUGAAGUCCCACUUCGGAUAGAGCUGGAAAGCUAACCAACCAACUAAGUGUUCUAACAAAUUCAGGAUGCAAUUGAUUUGGAUCAUUCUAAGUUACUUCGUACCAACUUAGCCACUGAAAAUCUAGAUUUAUGUUCUGUUUCCGGUCUUCUUUUAAAGCACUUAUUUUGAAGUGCAGAGAUAAAAGCUACUAACUAAAAUGCUUUCUAUUCCAUUUCUAACCAUCAAUUCGUAUUAUGUUCUCAAAA